AUGAGUGACACCCAGCCGACACUCAGCCGUCACUCAGCCGACACUCAGCCGCACCACGUCCCCGCUGCUUCCAGGUGGAAUAAACCGGAGCCGCGGACACGCGCGUCAUCCCGAGUCACAGCUCUGCUCCCUGCAGCGCUCAGUGUGACGUCCUCUCGCCCUCUCUCCCUCCACGUUCAGCGACGAUCACAGGUGGCAGCCAUGUUGAUGUUGUGUCUCCUGCUGUGUCUUCAGCCUGCAGACUCCAGCGCUGCUGCAGAUGCGAAACCCAGGAGUCAGACCGGCCCGCGGCUGCAGCUCUCGCACUCAGAGUUGAGGAACAGCUCAGGCAUCUUCUGGACAGGUGGCGUCAGCGGCGGGUACGAGACGAUGCUGCUGGACGAGGAUCACGGUUGGCUGCUGGUCGGAGGCAAAGACCACAUCUACCUGCUGAGGCCCGACAGCCUGGACCUGCCCACACGUUCGGUUUACUGGCCGGCUGCCACAGAACAUGUGGAGCACUGCAGGCUGGCGGGAAAAAGUCUGGAGACGGACUGUGCCAACUUUGUUCGGCUGCUGCAGCCUUUCAACAAGACUCAUGUUUACGCCUGUGGCACCGGUGCCUUCCACCCACAGUGCACGUACCUGCACUUAGGACACAGCACAGAGGAGCCGUUGUUCAUGUUGUCUCACGCGGUCGAGUCAGGACGAGGAAAAUGUCCCUUCAGUCCCAGAGAGCCAUUCACAGCCAGACUGACUGAUGGUGAGCUGUACGCUGGGACCUCAGUCGACUUCAUGGGAGCAAAUGCUGCGAUCUUCCGCACGACGAUCCAGGGCAGCAGUCAACACUACAUCCGCACCGAAGCCUACGACCACAACUGGCUGAACGAGCCAGAGUUCGUCGGCUCCUUCUCCAUCCCGGACACUCACAGUCCCGACGACGACAAGGUUUACUUCUUCUUCAAGGAGAAGGCGGUGGAGGCGGGACAGUGGGACAAGAGGGUUUAUAGUCGUGUGGCUCGAGUCUGCAAGAACGACGUCGGAGGGAAGAGGAGUCUGAUCAACCGCUGGACGACCUUCCUUAAAGCGCGACUCGUCUGUUCUGUCCCCGGACCGUCCGGUGUGGACACGCACUUUGAUGAGCUGGAGGACAUUUUUGUUCUGGAAACCAAAGACCCUCAAAAUCCCACCAUCUAUGGCGUCUUCAGCACGUCCAGUUCUAUAUUUCGCGGUUCGGCCGUGUGUGUCUACUCCAUGGCGUCGAUCCGUGCGGCUUUCAACGGACCGUUUGCCCAUAAAGAAGGUCCUGACUAUCGCUGGGUGGAGUACAAAGGCCGCAUCCCAUAUCCCAGACCUGGAGCUUGUCCCAGUGAGACCUACGACGCUCUCCACAAAUCCACCAAGGACUUCCCAGACGAGGUGGUGAGCUUCAUGCGGCAGCAUCAGCUGAUGUGGGAGCCGGUCCCGCCCCUGGGAGGCAGACCCAUCCUAACCCGGGUCAACGCGCCCUGCAUGUUAAAGAGAGUGGUGGUGGACAGGGUGGAGGCCGAGGAUGGACCUUACGACGUCUUACACCUGGGAACAGAUGAUGGGAAGGUGGUGAAGGCGGUGUCGGUCACCAAAGACAACUGGGACCCAGAGGAGAUCAUUCUGGAGGAGCUGACCGUCUUCAAGAGUGCGACUCCCGUCCUGAGCAUGGAGCUGUCGACCAAGAGGCAACAGCUGUACGUGUCCAGCGAGCUCAGCGUGGCCCAGCUGGGGCUCCAGAGGUGCGAGCUGUACGGGACGGACUGUGCUAAGUGUUGUCUGGCCAGGGACCCCUACUGCUCCUGGGAUGGACAGACCUGCUCCAGGUUCUUCCCCAGCAGCAAGAGGCGGGCACGGAGACAGGAUGUGAAGUAUGGAGACCCCUGGAGUCAGUGCCCAGUCACAGAGGACGACUCUGCCUCUGUGGAGGAGAAGUCUCUGUACGGCGUAGAAGGAAACUCCACCUUCCUGGAGUGCGUUCCUCGGGCGCCUCAGGCCGAGCUCAGGUGGACGGUGCAGCGGCACACGGGCAGCUCGCAGCAAACUGAGGACAGACUUCCUCUCAGCGAUGACGACCGCUCUCUCCACAUGAAGCGUGGGUUGCUGGUUCAACGCCUAGAGCUGGCUGACGCAGGCCUCUACACCUGCACCAGCCAUGAGCACUCCUACAGCCAGGUCCUGGCCCGAUACCGCGUUCACAUCAUCCCCAACCACAGCCUCCACCCAGCUGCCCGACACCAGCAGAGCCACAGCCCCCACCACGGGAAGACUGGCCCGGCGGGGGGGGCCCUGCCCGUGUUCCCGGGCUCUCGCCCGCCGUCGUCUCUGCCGGGACUCAGGAACUCGUGGCUGCCGCAGCACCGGAGCUACAAGGACCUGCACACGGUGGGGACCAACAGUCUGAGCGCGGACGAGUACUGUGAGCAGCUGUGGUACCGAGAGAAGCGCCGGCAGCAGAAGCUCCGCACUCUGAAGCUGAAACAGGAGAGCAGGAAAGCUCGGGUGAGGAGGAACAACCCCCCUGAGCUUCCUCUCUAGUCGGCUGCAGGACAAAGACUCAGGACAACAGCUCCUGUGAACUCAGAGGACAACAACGCUUUGUUUUUGAGCAAAAUGCAUUAAAGACUGAGUGUAAUAUAAAAAAAGAGAGUAGUAUAUACUUAACCUGAAUAUUCGACACCAUGGAAAUAGCAGUGUAGGAAACGUGACUUGUCUCUGAACUCAUGUUAUCAGCAGUUCACUGUGGUUUGGAACAAACAGCAGCUGGAACCUGUGAUUUUCUAAGUUCAGAGCAGCAGGACGUCGUCAGGCGUCUGAAUCAGAGACUGGAAAUAAAGUUUGGCAAAGCGUCUCCACUUUCUCCCUCGGUCCAGAAAUCAAGUCCAAACAUCUCACAUGCGAACACUUCCACCUCACGAUGAUGACGUCAUUUAGAGUUCGAGUCUGAUCGGGGGAUGGAGCCGUGGUAUCCAGGUCGAACCCGUACACAGGUUCGACCAAUCAGGAGUCAGUGUCAGCUGUCAAUCAUGACGUCUCAGCCUGUUUUCAUAUCAUCAAAUAACUGAUUCAAACCAAACUGAUCAGAAACACUUGAACAAACAUCAGAGAGAUAAGAACGACCUGAAAUGACUGCAGCUCUGCAGCCAGCCACCAGGGGGCAAUUGAGACGCUUUGGCUUCACUUUUGGGAGCUGCCAUGUCGUCCAUCUUUAUUGACAGUCUACGCUCUGAAUUAUAAAUCAGCUCAUCGCAAAGGCUCCAAGAUUCUUUGGCGUGUGACUUGUUUCAUCAUGGAUCCUUGUUGACACGUUCAAAAACUAAUUCUGUGUCAGAUAUGAUAUUUAUAUUAUAUUAAAAUCAUCAUGAACAGAGACAAGAACAGAUUUGACAAAAAGCCUCAAAUGUUUUUUACCAAUAACACUUUAAUGCUUUUAAUGCAAAGUCUUAAGACCCAAAUUUACCAGAAUCUCUCUCUCUCUCUCUCUCUCUGUCUCUCUCUCUCUCUCUCUCUCUCUCUCUCUCUCUCUCUCUCUCUCUCUCUCUCUCUCUCUCUCUCUCUCUCUCUCUCUCUUGUAGUUUUUCUACAUGUAUUUAUGUAUUGCUGAUCUACACUGAUGAGAUCUAGACCUCAUACUUAUUACAGUGGGUGGAUUAAAGGCCUGAGUGGAGACGCACACAUGAAAUGGACCUUGCUUGAAAAUACCUGGUAUGUGCAUCUUAUCAGUUCUGCCAUGUAACUAAUAAUUAUUAUUCACGACGAUGUAUAUUAAAGAACCCUAUUUUCUAUGGUUUUCUUCCUUCAUGUGUUAGAGUUUAGUAUUUUGUGUUUAUACUUAAACAACACGUGUUUUUCUUUGAAGCAAAUAAAAACUUUUUUUAACGUCACGAUUCUCCAAUAAGCUUUGAGAUCAACUUGUUUUAUACUGUAUGUGAAUAAAACACUAGAUGACAACUUACAUGUCAAAUCAAUCCAAUGAAAAGAUGAUCAAGGCUUUGGUCAAGUUUUCUGUGAAAUAGAAUUUACACUCA